CAGAGCUCCAAGUAGCCUCCCAUGGAAGCUUAAGAGAAAGAAAAUAAAAGUUACAAAAAAAAUAAUAAUUGAUCAACAUGUCUUACUUCGGAGGUGGAUCCAGUAUGGAAGACGGAAAUCGCGAGCAGAACAUGGCUUCUGCUGGCGACGCCGGAAACCGUCGCCGGAGAACAAGUGGAUACCACAAUGAUACGGGAGAGUUCUCCGGCGACGGUUGCAGGGAUCCCGAGGCGUGGAGUAACUUUGCGGAUAGUUAUAGCCAGGUGCAGACGGUGUUGGAUCGGAACAGGAUGUUGAUCCAGCAGGCGAACGAGAACCACCAGUCGAGGAUUCCGGAUAACAUGGUGAAGAAUGUGGCGAUCAUUCAGGAAUUGAACGGAAACAUUACGAAAGUCGCUUCGAUUUAUUCCGAUUUGUCGACGAAUUUCACCGGGAGGGUGAGGCAGCAACGGCAAGGGAGUGGGGGGAAAGGUGUUGGUAACGGAGGGAGUAGUGGUGGGAGGAGGAAUGAUGAGUGAAGGAAAAGAUAAUUAUCUGGAUUAAUGUAAUGUAUUAGUGUUAUUAGUGUUAUUAAUUAGUAAUUAAGAGCUUGGGGGUGUAGGCUCCUUUGUUCAUUUUAAGCUAUGUGAUGUGAUGUAAGGAUGUUUAUGGAUUGGUAAUGAAUUGGCAUGUGUUUAAUCCUA